GGCGGGGGGGAGACUGAGAGUGACAGAGCGACGGACAGGUGGGAGCAGUUAGACAGCUGGAGACUCGGAGACCGGCACGCAGAGAGAGGGAGGGAGAGUCAGGGGAAGGAGAGAGAGAGGAGGGAGAGGGAGAAGCAGCCUCGUCCUCCCUUACUCCAGACGCCCUCUCCUCUGUCCGAGGGAAGCGGCUGGGGCAUCGAGUGACAGAGCGACAGAGAUGCGGGCACAGAAGACGGGGAGAGGGACCCUGCUUCGCUAGUGGGACCGAGAUUCGCGGAGGGACAGACCGACACGAGGGGCAGCUCGGAGAGCUGAGCGCGGGACGGCGAGAAGCCCGCGGUGGGCCGCCAGGCUGAGCGACAGACGGCCAGACAGACAGACGUGCCCGGGGACGGACCGGCAGACAGGAGGCGGGGGCACGCUCGCUCUCCGCAGGCAGCAGGGCGGAGAAGGCGGCGGCGGCGCCCCCUGAGCGCAUCCGGAGCAGCGACGAGCAGCAGGGGCCGCGGGGUCGCCGGCUGAAGCCACCGCCGUCGCCGCAGUCCUGGCCGCCGCAGCCCUGCCAGGAGCCCCGCCGACGCCGCAGAAGGCUCCUUUUACUAGCAGUUAAAUAAACCCACCAAUAAUAACAAUAAUACUAAUAACCCAAGCCAAACCAAACAAAUACAGCCAAAUCGAUCCGUGAGAAACAAUAAUAUUAAUAAAAGCCAAAAACUAAAUCAGAUCAAUCAAGGCACCGAGACGCUGGGGGGAUAUCCACUGUUCGGUCAAGGUGGAUGAUGUGUCAGGCUGUGUAAGGGAAUCGCACGGAGAUGGGCGUUUUGAACUGUUGAUGGGGACAUGGGACUCCCGCUGUCUCUGAUCCCUCGUGUGGAUUUUCCCAGCGUAGAAGGACAGAAGCCGCUCGUAAGUCGCCAAGACCGACAGCAGAAAUUCUGCGCAAAAGGGUGUCAAAUCUUGUUAUUUUAAUUUGCAUCUGGGAGAAUGUCUGAGCCAGGAGACCUGAGUCAGACCAUAGUGGAGGAAGGCGGGCCUGAGCAGGAGACGGCCACUCCAGAGAAUGGCGUGGUUAAAUCCGAAAGUCUGGACGAGGAGGAGAAACUGGAAUUACAGAGGCAACUGGCGGCUCAGAACCAAGAGAGAAGAAAAUCCAAGUCAGGAGCAGGGAAAGGUAAACUGACUCGCAGCCUUGCUGUCUGUGAAGAAUCCUCGGCCAGACCAGGAGGGGAAAGUCUUCAGGACCAGGAAUCAAUUCAUUUACAGCUUUCCAGUUUUCCCAGCCUGCAAGAGGAUGAUAAAUCUAGGAAAGAUGACUCUGAAAGAGAAAAAGAAAAGGAUAAAAACAAAGAUAAAACCUGUGAAAAACCCAAGAUCAGAAUGUUAUCAAAAGAUUGCAGCCAAGAAUAUACGGAUUCUACAGGCAUAGACUUACACGAGUUUCUGAUUAACACAUUAAAGAAUAAUUCCAGAGACAGGAUGAUACUCUUGAAAAUGGAGCAGGAAAUUAUUGAUUUCAUUGGUGACAACAAUAAUCAUUAUAAAAAGUUUCCUCAGAUGUCGUCCUAUCAGAGGAUGCUUGUCCAUCGAGUGGCAGCUUACUUUGGGUUGGAUCACAACGUGGAUCAAACAGGGAAAUCUGUCAUCAUCAACAAAACCAGCAACACAAGAAUACCAGAGCAAAGGUUUUGUGAACAUUUAAAAGAUGAAAAAGGUGAAGAAUCCCAGAAGCGGUUUAUCUUGAAGCGAGAUAACUCUAGUAUUGAUAAAGAAGACACUCAGCAAAACAGAAUGCAUCCAUUUAGAGAUGACAGACGAAGUAAAUCAAUUGAAGAGAGAGAAGAGGAAUAUCAGAGAGUGAGGGAGAGAAUAUUUGCACACGAUUCAGUUUGCUCCCAGGAAAGCCUUUUUGUGGAAAACAGUAGGCUCUUGGAAGACAGUAACAUAUGCAGUGAGACCUAUAAGAAAAGACAGCUCUUUCGGGGCAACAGAGACAGCUCGGGGAGAACAUCUGGAAGUCGGCAGAGCAGCUCGGAGAAUGAACUCAAGUGGUCCGACCACCAAAGAGCCUGGAGCAGCACAGAUUCUGACAGCUCCAACCGCAAUCUCAAGCCUGCCAUGACCAAGACGGCGAGUUUUGGGGGCAUCACGGUGCUGACCAGGGGUGACAGCACAUCCAGUAGCAGGAGUACCGGGAAGCUGUCCAAAGCAGGUAGUUCUGAGUCGUCCAGCAGUGCAGGCUCGUCAGGAUCGCUGUCGCGUACCCAUCCACCUCUCCAGAGCUCACCGCUGGUCUCGGGCGUGGCAGCCACUUCUCCCGGCUGUGUGACCUACCCAGAGAAUGGGAUGGGAGGCCAGGUCGCUCACAGCAGCACCAGCUACAUCCUCCUUCCACUCGAAGCUGCCACAGGCAUCCCACCCGGAAGCAUCCUUCUUAAUCCACAUACAGGCCAGCCCUUCGUGAAUCCCGAUGGAACCCCCGCCAUAUACAACCCCCCCACCAGCCAGCAGCCCCUGCGAAGCGCGAUGGUGGGGCAGCCCCAGCAGCAGCCCCAGCAGCAGCCCUCCCCGCGACCCCAGCAGCAGGCCCAGCCACCCCAGACGCAAAUGGCAGGCCCACUGGUCACUCAGUCUGUCCAGGGGCUGCAGGCUUCCUCCCAGUCAGUGCAAUACCCAGCUGUGUCUUUUGCUUCCCAGCAUCUCCUGCCCGUGUCUCCGACGCCGCAGUUCCCCAUGAGAGAGGAUGUGACCACGCAGUUUGGCCAGAUGAACCUGAGCCGGCAGUCCUCGGGGGAGACUCCCGAGCCCCCAGCCGGCCCUGUCUACACACCGUCCCUCCUGCCGCAGCCCACCCAGCAGCCAAGCUACGUCAUCGCCUCCACAGGCCAGCAGCUCCCAACGGGGGGCUUCUCGGGCUCUGGCCCUCCCAUCUCCCAGCAAGUCCUCCAGCCCCCUCCCUCGCCCCAGGGAUUUGUGCAACAGCCUCCACCCACACAGAUGCCUGUAUAUUAUUAUCCAUCUGGUCAGUACCCUACCUCAACCACGCAGCAGUACCGGCCCAUGGCCUCUGUUCAGUUCAGUGCUCCGAGAGGCCAGCAGAUGCCACAGACAGCACAGCAAGCAGGUUACCAGCCGCUCUUGUCUGGUCAACAGGGGUUCCAAGGCCUCGUGGGGGUACAGCAGCCGCCUCAGAGUCAGGGCAUGAUGAGCAGCCACCAGGGAACUCCAGUGCAAAGCGUGAUGCUCUCCUACCCAACCGUGUCUAAUUAUCAGGUGCCAAUGACCCAGGGUUCUCAAGGACUGCCUCAGCAGUCAUACCAACAGCCAAUCAUGCUACCUAACCAGGCAGGCCAAGGGUCCCUCCCAGCCACUGGAAUGCCUGUGUACUGUAACGUCACACCGCCGACCCCUCAGAACAACCUUAGGCUGAUGGGCCCUCACUGUCCCUCCAGCACUGUCCCCGUGAUGUCAGCCAGCUGCAGGACCAACUGUGCCAGUAUGAGCAAUGCUGGGUGGCAGGUCAAGUUCUGAGCACUCUGGCCAUGGUACAUGUCUUCAGAUACUACUCAUGGCCUUUAAGGGAGGAAGAGCAAGGUGCGAAAACUCACUGAGGACUUAAGUAUUCACUCAACACCCAAAUGACUGCUGCUGGUAUUCUGUAAAAAACAAAACAAACAAAAAAAAAAAAACAAA